UAGAGAACAAGAACCCUGACAGGUGACUCGACUUAAUCGACAUUCUAGACAUUGUCGGCCUAAAACGAUUCGAGCCAAUCCUUAUAAGUAGCCGUAACAUCAUCGGCUGCGAUGGUCAACCGUGACGCCGCACCUCAGACGCAGAAUAUCCCCGUCGUCAAGCGCAAACGGCGUGCGUCCUGCCUUGGGGAACAGGAGAGACGGGAGCGGAAACGAGCCAUUGAUCGAGAAGCCCAGCGAUCCCUCCGAGAAAAGACAAAGACACACAUUGCCGACCUGGAGCGAACAAUACAGAUUCUCCGGGAUCAAGAUCGAAACGGAGCCACAGCCAACUUGCUGUCUGAGGUUGAAGGGCUACGAUGUGAAAAUGAGCGGUUACGAGACGUUAUCGAGAGCGUGAAAGGCGUGGUCGGCACUGCCCCGGCGACUUCAGCCCAUAAAAAUGGUGGAGGAGGUUCACCAACCGCUGCCAGUGUCGGACCUGAGCAUGGCGCUUACAACGCGGUAGGUGAGCGAUCCCCUAAACCACGAGCGACAUCCUUCAACAAGACCAACCCAUCAUUUCCUACUCCAACCAUGUUGCCAAACGCUUUCGAUUUCCACGAGCACGAGGAAAGCCCAACUAUGCGACUCGACCUUGAUGGCAUGACUGUAAUGACGGAUGUCAAUGCUAAGCCUACUGUAGAAAGUCCAAGUGUAGAGGAGCUAACUUGGAGCAAUGAUCCGGCGACCGCAACUUGGGUGCCCCUUAUGGCAGAGGUCUUCGGGCCUGAAUGGCGUAUUCCUUCGCCUUUUGUUUUACACAUCGGCAGUCCAGACCCUCCAGUCUCCACCAGAUCCAAUACAGUAUGCCCAGUCUGGAGGAAAACCAACCAGCUUUUCGGAAAGGUAUUCUCAUACCGCCCAGCAACAGAUUACACCAUACCCGCCCUUCUCAAGUCAGACCAUGCGGAGGCGAGUCUGCUGUACCUUGGGAUCAAGCAAGGGUGGGGUACAUUACCUAACGAUUGGAAGCAGAGCCCUGCACUCACAAUCUUGAGAGAGGUUGAUGACUUGUUGUUUUGCCAUCUGCCAAAUAUAGCGAGGUUGGCAUUCGCGUACAAGAGCUUCAAGCUGUUGAAGUAUUACCUUGAGGGCUCGAAGGAACAAUUAGACAAAGUCCCUGACUGGCUUCGUCCAAGUUUGUCUCAGUCCAGCACCAAACACCCAGUGGCCAUCGACUUCUUCGCCUGGCCCACGUUUCGCGACCGUUUGAUCCGUAAUCAUGAUUCUAUUUUCCAGACGAGCGAACUCUAUCGCCACUAUUCCAAGUGCGUUAGCUUUGAUUGGCCCUUCUCUUACGAGGACACUUUCUUCCACGACGAACUCACGGGUAAUCACUAUCCUAGCCCUCUGUUCGAGCGGUAUCAUGGAGACUUGAAGUCCUGGACUGUAGAUCCAAAGUUCAAAGAUAGAUUUCCAGAGAUGCUUGGAGAUAUCGAAGGGGAUCGGAGGAGGUUCAGUGCAGUAUAUGUUGAUUAGAUAAAGCGGCGGUGGAAAGCAUUCAAAACGGCGUGAAUUAUCCUCUCCAAAUUCAGAUCCCCAAAACAACCUAAGCACAUCUUGGGAGGUAUAUGAGGCUCUUGUUGCCCUGAACAGUGCGAGAUUUGUCAAUACAGCAUCAAAGCCGUAGUUAAACUACUUCGAGUAAUCAUCUUACAUGUAAAAGCAUGAGCAGG